CAUCAGCUAGCUUAACACUUAGCACCGUGUGGGUAACACUAGUGUAAAGUUGGUGUAUCUCUUCUACUGUUUCAUGAAGUAAAUUGUUUCCUUCUGGGUUAAUAGACGGAGGCCAUAGGUGAGGUGUCCAAAUAGAUGGGCAACUUUUUUCUCCAUAAAAUAGUAAAGGUUUAUGCAGUGUUUCGGGUUUAAUGGUUGUAGUAAAACGUGUAUUAAACAUUUAAAAAAAAAUUUCUAGAGUGUAGCUUACAUCAUUAACAGGAAGUUACAUGAAGUCUAAAGCAAAACAGACGGGAGAACUACACCACAGGGAAAAUAGCUGCAGACAGGUUUUAUACUUUAUAACCAAAUAUUUACAUUCAACAAAAGAUUUCAAGUACAGUUGCAGUUUUACAAUUAAACCAACAUCUACAUCUAUUUCCUACGCAUGAAUUCCAUGCAGCAUUUCAGCAUGUUCAAAAUUUAGACACAUUAUCAAAAUACAUAUAUAUAUAUAUUUUAAAGACAACUUCUUUACAAUAUCUGUCCGUAUUUCUGAAAGACACGGUAAAAAAACCACUGGCUAUUUAUUUUCCAAUCUGUCUGAUUUCAGAUUUUUUAUGAAGUAACUCAGAUACUUUUUUUUCCUUAAGCCUUGAAGGCAGCAUGUUGCACAGGCGCAAAGAAGAUGAGCAAGGUGUGUGUGUGUAUCUGUGUGUGUGUGUUACACUCAGUUGCCAUUUCAUUGUAGCCUGAUGUGUCACAUUUGAAUCAUUUAUUACAGAGUACACUGCUAUGUGCAAAUUGCUUUCCAGGAUAUAUUUGUGAAAAGUAUCAGAUUUUUAACUUGUCUUAUGCGAUUUUGCCAAUAUUCAGUUCUACUUUCUGUCCUUUGCAUUAUAGAACUCUGUGACACACCUUUUGACCCACUGUUGUGUGCCUACAAUAAUACUGAUUUGUAAUAUUUGUGUUUGUAGCCUAACAGAGACAUUUAAUGUGAGAUAUAAUUGUCUAUCUCCUCAUAUUUCCUCUGGUAUCAUUGGAAAUAUUCUAAGUAGGCCACUUUAUAAAUCUAACUGUGAGCAACCCCUGCUGGAAUUUAAUUAAAUUACAGCAGGUGGUGCAACAUCAGAGGGUGAAACACACAACGAGCCUGAAUAUGUGUUCACAUACUGUUUGUGCACUAUUCUAAUCAUAUGUUCCAUUAAGGACAACUGAUGCCCAUUGAGUAAUUCUUGGAUGUAAUUAUUUUAUUUAGCCAUCAUCAACAUCAUCCAUCAGACAACUGUGCGGAAGAUAUUUCCUUAACAUAUACAAAUAACACAAGUAUGUUUUUAAUGUAAGGUUUAAAACUUUCUACAUAAACAUUUCAUGAUUACAGAAGAAAGGUAUCAGGCACAUACAACACUAGGCAAGAAAGCCAACAGUGAAUUACUGUACAAAUAGCAGUGUUACACUCUACUUCUAUAUUUGCAGUGUGAGAAACUUCCAUAAUUGUGCAGUAAUUUCUGUGCAAUUUCAAUAUCUGUGACAUUUCAAUAAUAUAUAAAUAACCAAUCCUGUUCACACUGCAUAUAUUCUGUUCAACAUUUAUUUGUGGUAUUUUUUUAUAUUUCAUCAAGUUUGUAUUUAAUUACUUAUUCAUACAUUUUGUAUAUACAAAUGUUUCUGUUUUCACUCUCCCCUUUAAUGCUGCAAACAGGGCAAAUCUAUUUAAAGGAUUAUCUUAUCUAAUAGAAUAUAGAUGAGUGUUCUUACCAACUAUUUCCCCCUGUCACCUGUUUGCCCAACUCAUAAGGAAAUAGGAAAUGAAAGGUCUGCUGCCAGUAAGUUACGCUGGAAAAAAUUGCCAGAGUCGUUGUCUGUGAAGGUUCGGCGGCCUCUUGAAGCAUGAGACCAAGUGGAGGAAGGAAAAGAUGGAGGAUGGCUCUUCACAGCAAAAGCUUAUUGUAAUUUUAUAUAGGCUUUUUUAGGAUUUUAGAAAUGCUGUGAUGGUUGAUGAAUUAGGUCAGAGGUUGUUUUUUUUUUAACUGUGUUUUACUUUACACACUUCAUGUAGGUGUUAUUGUCGCAGGGAUCAUUCUUAAAACCAAUAUGCAUAUUUUAGGACGGCAAUAUAUCUCUGUAUAGAAAGGGGUUAUAGCUGUGUGAAUUUCUGUUUAUUUUACACUAUGUUUGUGAUAAUUCUUUCCUGCAAGUUUGAAAUAAAGGAGUGGUGAAAUGGUGAAUGUGACAGGCCUUUAUCCAGCAGCGUGGUGGUUAUACAGCUCCGGAGGGGGGUGAAGUCCCAAAGGGAGUGGUAACAGCAAAGCGAGGAGGACUUCGGCUUUGUCCCAGUGUUUACCACUGCUUCCUCAGAGUUCAACUUUCACCUCGAGCAAUAAGGCCAUGGCUUCCCCCAGCAUCCACCUGUCAGACGUGCAGUUUCAGUGUUGCAUCUGUCAGGAUGUUUUCUCGGAACCAGUCUCCAUCCCCUGUGGUCACAGCUUCUGCUUCACCUGCAUCACGUCACAGUGGGACGGCAGCGUUGCCAUCAGCUGUCCCAAAUGUCAGACGGCCUUCGAGGGCCGUCCAGAGCUUUGUGAGAACUUUUUCGCCAAGGAAAUGUCCGAGCAGAUUCGAGCAAGAAGGCAGAACGGCAUCAUGUUAACGGUGGGGAAAACCAUACAUUGUGAUGUGUGCGUCGGGAAGCAAACAAAGGCCUUGAAGUCCUGCCUUGUGUGUCUGACCUCAUAUUGUGAGAGUCACCUGGAGCCUCACCUGAGAGUCGCCACCUUGAAGAUUCACAAACUGAUUGAACCUGUUGCACUGCUGGAGAACAGGAUGUGUAAAAGUCACCGAAGGCUCCUGGAGCUGUACUGCAGGAGUGACCAGAGGUGUGUGUGCGUUCUUUGCACCGAGACCGACCACCGCUGUCAUGACACCGUCCCAGUAGAGCGAGAGAGUCGGGAGAAGAAGGCUCAGAUGAAAAGGAAUGAGGUUGAUGUUCAGCAGAUGAUCCAGGACAGGCUGCAGAAGGUGGAGGAGCUCAAACACUGUGUGGAGCUCAGCAAAGAAAACUCAAACAGGGACAUCGAGGAUAGUAUGGAGCUCUUCUCUGUUCUGUUCCGUUUAAUGAAAAGAAACCAGGCUGAGCUGGUGGACGUGAUCCAGAAGAAGCAGACGGCAGCAGAGCAGAGGGCAGCCAGGCUCAUCACAGAGCUGGAGCUGGAAAUCACUCAGCUGGAGAGGAGGAGAAGUGAGAUGGAGCAGCUUUCUCACUCUGAGGACCACCUCCGUCUUCUGCAGAGGUUUCCGGCUCUGAGUCCUCCACACUCUGCCAAAUCCUGCUCGGACAUCAUUGUCCAUUCACACACAUGUAUGGGGGAUGUGAGGAGAGCUGUGGCCAACACCGAGGAGCAGCUUCGUUUGGCUUUGAAAAAGCUUUCCAUUCAAGAGCACAAGAAGAUGCAGCAGUAUGCAGCUGAUGUUCACCUGGACCCUAGGACAGCCAACCCUUGGCUGGUACUAUCGCAGGAUAGGAGACAGGUCUGGGAUGGAGAUGUUGAACAGAACCUGGUGGACAUACCAGAGCGUUUUGACAAAGCACCAUGUGUCCUCGCCUCUCAGGGUUUCACCACAGGGAGGCACUACUGGGAGGUGGAUGUUGGAGUGAAGACAGCGUGGGACUUGGGUGUAGCUCAGCAGUCAGUCAACAGGAGAGGUGUGGUGACACUCUGCCCGGAGGACGGCUACUGGACUGUUUGUCUGAGGGAGGGCAGCGAGUACCGGGCAUGUGCAGAACAGGCAGAACUGCUGGUUGUCUCUGAGAGGCCGCGGGUCAUAGGCAUGUUUUUGGACUACGGGGAUGGAACGCUGUCAUUUUAUGAUGCAGAGGCCCAGUCACACAUCUAUUCCUUUACACACAUUCAAUUCACAGAGGCCAUGUUUCCCUUUUUUAACCCAGAAAUGAGUGACAGCGCCGACAACAAAUCACCACUUAUCAUCCGUCCUGUCAGUGGAGUCAGUGGAGGCCAGGAUUUCGAUGGCAUUACGAUAUAAAAAGUUUUAAAUUUUAAAAAGCAUAAAACUGUUUUGUGUCAUCUCGCACAUUUUUGCUUCCAUUUCUUAAAUCUUUUGUACAGAGAUAUGAUAAGUCAUGCUCUUCAUUGACAUUUGAUGUUUCAUUAACAGAAAGUACUACUUUCACACUUGGUUCAUACAUAUCCUAUUUCUAUCUUCUCUCUAUCCCU